CGCCGUGUCCCCGUCGCCGCCAUGGAGACCAUGACCUUUCCCCGCUACAGCCCCGACGACAUCAUCAGCUACCUCCGCUCGCACAUCCUGGAGGGCGCCGAGGCUCGGAACCUGGUCAAGGGCGACGUGUUCGGCACCCCCAGGCUUGACGUUUUACACCUGAUUUACCUGAGAAUCCUGCAGAGAGUGUGUAAGAUCCAACUGGAGCACGCUUACAUGAUGCCGCUCAACGUUGACAUAAUGUACCCACAGAUCUAUGAAGGCUUUCUGCCUGUCUGCAAUUUGUAUAUUCAUUUGGAGCGCUUGCUGCCGAUGUGCCGGAUUAGUGACUUUCAAAUCGCUGAUGUUUUAAACCCAAAGACCAAGAGGACUGUUCGCUUCUUGAGUGGCAUCCUCAACUUUGUGAACUUCAUGGAAUUCCAGCGUGACGUCUACCUGGAGCUACAACUGACCUAUAAAUCAGCUAUGGAGAAAAUCCAACACCUGAAGACUGUGAAUCAGGAGGCAGCACUGAAGGUGGAGAAACUGAACACGGUCCCAGUUGAACAUGAGGCAGAGAUCAAGCAGCUCACAGGGGACAUUCGGGAGCUGGAGCAGCUGCUGAGGCAGGACUAUCGUCGGAAACAAACAGCUUUGCAAGAAGUGACUUCUCAAAAGAAGACGGAUAUUGCUGAGAAAACCCAAAAACUGAAUGAGUGGAAAGUGUCUAUGACUGCUCUAAAAGAAGAACAAGAGCAGCUGAAAUCCAAAAUUGUGGAGAGUCCAGAAGAAUCGAAAAACUGCAACGAGCUGAUGAAAGAGACUAUUAAGAAAUUGAAGAGAUCUAUGCAAGAAAUUACUGAGAAAUAUGAAAGUUAUAGAGAUGCAGUUGAGGUUCUGCCAUUAUGCCAAGUGGAAUUGCAGUUAUACCAAAAGAAGAUGGAAAUACAGGGAGAAAAUGUGGAGAGACUGGCCAGUGUAUCAUCAGAGGCCAGAAAUCUGGAGAACCAACUGGAGAGUGCUCAGGAAGAGCUGAAAAAGAGCAAGAAAGAUGAAAUGUCCCUAAAGAGAGUGGUCACUGCAAAACACGAGAAGCUCACUACGGCUCAGAUACGGCUUAAAAAGAUCUGUGAAGAUCUCGAGCAGCGCAAGUCGGCGGUGUUGGAACAUUUUAGCAAAGUCCAGGAGAAGAGAGGUGCUGUGUAUGACAAAGUUAUGGCCAUUUGCAAGGAAAUCAAACAGAAGAAGAAGAACAUUGAGCAGCUCAAGGAAGAUGCUGAGAAAAAUACAGCAAAAGCUAAGGAAAUAAACCUAAUUUUGAAGGCUGUAUUAGACAAGUGUCAUGAAUCUGUCCUUAAAGCAGUAAAGACUUCUGCAGCCUCAAGAGCAGAAAAGCUUGAUGAAAUAAGGAGAGGCCUGUUCAGCAUUCAUUCUUCUGGAAGUACUUCUUAAGCCUGCCUGAACUUGUGUUCCAUUUUCACUGUUUUGUGCUCAUACCUGAACUCAAGAGCUUCUGCUUUGCAUGGGAGGGAUAAUAAUUCCAAGCAAAUCCAGCUUUCUCAAAAACCAUGUCAUAACACAUUUAGCUUUUCAGGCUGAUCCUGGUGUCAUGAGCUUGCCGAUAUGGAUAAGAAAACACUUAGUUUCUAUUGUUUCAGUCAGCACUUGGGGGUAAUACUGCAAGUCUUGCUAACACCAAACUGCUCAACAUUUUAGGCAGAACCCUGCAUUUGUAGCAACUGUUCUGCAAGCUUUGAUCUGGGAACACCUGGAGCCUUGGUCUGGCUUGAAUAUUCAAGAGAAGUCAGUAACAGGUGAUACUCCACCACCAUUAUUCAAUUAAGAUGAAAUCCUGACAGAGCAGUAGCAUCCAUCUAAAUGCCAAAUUACUCUCAUGAUAAAUAUCUGUAACUGUAAACACUCAGAAGUGUCAUUUUAAUAUCAUUUUAGUUAACAGUACAUUCCAUCUCAUUGCUUUAACUCAUGGUGCCUGCUUUGUGGGGUAUUGAAUCCUCUUCUGUGUUUGUCAGUCUAUGUUAGGAUGCUCUUAAAAACUAUAGAUUGAUGUUGUGUACCUUAACUUGUGAUGGUGCUCAGUGUGCCAUAGUGUUUUUCAUUAUUUGGAAAAUGGAAAUGUUAAUUUUUGCACUAGUUGAUAUAAAGAUAUUUAACCCUUUUUCUCUUGGGUAUUUUCACUCUACUAACUGACUUAGAACAUUUCAGUGGAAAAAUUUUGCUUUGUACAUUUGUAGGAAUGUGUGCUAUGAGCAGUCUUAGGAUGAAAGGAGGAGGAUGAUCCAAGCCAUCUUUAAAAUUUUAGUUCUUCAUCUCUUACCAGCUAGCAAAUCGGUUAGGAAGAGCAGGUGCUUGUUCCUUUUCUAGAGCUCUUGUGGAGGCAUCAGUUCCAUCUCCUUCCUUAUAAAGACUGCUUGGAGGCUGCACUCCCUAGCCUGGAUUUUGCAGCAGCUCUGGGGAAAGAGAUUCCCAAAAACUUCCAAUGGAUACUGCAGGGGAUUAUUCCAAUCAGCAGAUCAAGGCUCUUAGGCUAGAGAGAUGAUGUUUGUGUAUCCCAGUCAUGAGGAAUUUGAAGGAUAAAGAAAAAGCUGGAGUCUGGUUCCUGCUCUCAGGGA